AUGACAAUGGCGACCACAUCAGCACGCAAGGGCUUUUCUGCUCUCCUCAACGUGUCUGCAUCAUCACGAGCUGCACCUUCCGCAUAUCGGAUAUCGCACCGCAGCAUCUCUUCAACGGCAUCCCGCACAGCUUGGGUUUCUUCCUCCAAAGCUGCACCAGCAAGCACAACCUCAACCGCCAAGCCCUCCUCGACUACAUCCACUGCAGCAACUCCCGCAAAACCAGCCGCUUCAUCUACAACCACAUCAGCCCGAGCAGCAGCAGCAGCAGCCCCCCAACGCACCGUCACCCCAUCCUUCCCCGCCACAGAGCCCCCCGUCCCAACCCACCGCAACAACUCCGCCGACGCCGCUGCCAAUGACGCACGCUCCAAACGCUCGCUCACCGACGGCCUCUCCGACGCCCCUCCCGAAAUCGACGGCGUGCCAGCAAUCGACUGGACGCGCUCGUACCACGGUCUCGGCAGCAUAUCUUUCACGCCCGAGCAGUCAGAAAUCCUUCUCGCGCCCACCGUCCACGAAGACGUCGAGGUCAAGCCCGAUGGCAUAUUAUACUUGCCAGAGAUCAAGUACCGCCGGAUAUUGAACAAGGCGUUUGGGCCGGGAGGCUGGGGGCUGGCACCCCGAGGAGAGAGUAUUGUUACGGGUAAGAUUGUGACAAGGGAGUAUGGAUUGAUUGUGCAGGGGCGCCUCGUAUCCAUAGCCCGCGGCGAGCAGCAAUACUUCGACCCCGACGGUAUUCCGACGGCAACGGAAGGGUGCAAAUCCAAUGCGCUAAUGCGGUGUUGCAAAGACUUGGGUAUUGCGAGUGAAUUGUGGGAUCCCCGGUUUAUUCGCGAGUUUUCGAGCAAGUUGACGAGGGAAGUGUGGGUCGAGCAUGUGAGCACGAAGAAGAAGAGGAAGAUUGUGGUCAGGAAGGACGAUCAGGUCAAAUACCCGUUCAAGGAGGUGAAGGCGUAGAUACAGAUGUGAAUGAAUACAUGAGAUACUAGAGACGGUGUACGUGUAGGAUGUAUAACAUAUA